AUGUCAUCGCUCAAUUCUGAUGAUACAACAAACUCUGAUAAUGAUCCAAUGGUCAUUCUCUACCACAAUCAUUCAUAUUGCGACUGGAGAGUAACAUUAUUGUGUGAAGAUGGUCAAAUGUAUAAAUCAUUAUACGCAUUAAAUUUCAUCAUAAUAUUGUUGAUUGCAACUGGAUGUAUGAUAUUACUUUGGUAUAGAAUCAAUCGACAAGGAUGUUCUAUAUUCUUCCCAAAAAUACCUGGAACCGGUUUCAUUAGACCAAAUCCCGUUGAAGGAUUUCUGAUUUGGGUAAUAUUUUGGAUGAUUGGAAGGUUAUUAUUCAUCAUAAUUAUUUGGACGGAUUCAUUUGAUAAUAAUUAUAUGAUACGAGAAAGUUAUGCAUGGUUCGUUAUUGGAACAUAUUUACAAAUCGGAAGUCAUUUAAAUUCAAGGCAAAGACCAUGGCGUCCAAAUAGUAAAUUAACUGAUAGAUAUCUUUUAUUGGUAACAAUAAUAUCACCAAUAACGAUAUGCCCAAUUACGAUUGCAAGUGGUUAUUUUAGAGAUAAUACAAAUAACAGAGAAGCAGAUAUAUUAUUAUCAACAAAAGAUGUAUUAUGGGCUUUGUGGAGUGGAUUUGGGGCAUUGGGAGUAUGUUAUUUUGGUAAAGAAUUAUGUCAUGUCUUAAGAUAUCAUAUUAAUUUCGCAAAAAGAAGUAAUCAUAUCACAAUCGCAAGAGUGGAAAGAAUGCAAACUGGUUUGGAAAAGAUUAAGUUUACUUUAUAUAUUAUAUUGGCGACUAAUCUAUAUUUUAUCAUAUAUUAUCUAAUUUCUUCCAUAUUUCGCGUAUGGAUAAUUACACAUUCUAAGCCAUUAAAUAUAUUCAUGUUUUUAACUUACGCUUUUUUAACCCCUAUUUGCAUUAUAUUUGUCGUAGCCACAAUAAGCUUAAGAACAAUACAAAGUUAUAAAAAAGAAAUAUUAUUAUCCACCAAAUUAUCGAAAAAUAAUACACUUAAUUCAAUGAUUGAGAAAAACAUAAAUAUAAAUAAUAAUAAGAGAAUUAAUUCAAUUUAUUCUCAUAAGAGGUCAUUGUCAGCUAGUAAUAAUUUACAUAGUAAACGAUCAGUUUUGACUAUUAACGGAACAGAAAAACAAAUCCUUCCUACGCCAGAAAUACCUGAAUUGUAUUCAAUUACUUCUGCAAUUGCUGCUAUGGAUUAUUUGAUAGAACCAAAUAUUUUACCUUUUUCUUCUUCAACGGAUUAUUAUAAUAUGUCUGAUCAACACCAAUUUGACGACUUUGUUGCUUACACUCAAUUUAACAAUGACGUUAAAUUACAAGUAGAAGAAAUUGGAAAGAGAGAAUCCGGAAUUGGAGAAAUAGAUGGUUAUCAAGAAUUACCUUCGAUGACGAAUGGAUUAACUUCUAACAUAACUUCUAUUAUGUCUUCUGGGAUUAAUGAAUUAGACGAAGAAAAAAAUGAUCAUAAUUUGUUAAAACAACCUGAAAAGGUUGUCGUGAGACCUGGUUCUCCUACUAUUCCUAUUUAUUCUCCAAACAAUCAUAAUGAUGAUAAUGAUAAUGGAUUGGAUCAAGCGUUAUGA